UCUGCCCCAACCAAACAAAGAGGGCAGCAGCUUUUCAAACAGCGGCUUCCCAAAAAGUUGGCUGCUGCAGAGCUGGGCUGUGCUGGGACCCUGGCUGGCCACGGCCACUGAAGGAUGCAGCAGCAAGUUGGUACCGUCGCCUGGGAGGAUCCCGGCAGUCGUCUUUAGUCCCUGUGCCGGCUGCAGGAGGGGUGCCGGGAGCGAUGGGCCGGCUGGACGACCACGCCAAGAGGAGGAUUGUGGAGCUGCGCAGGGCUGGGCUCAGCUUCCGCAAGAUCAAGAAGGUGCUGGAGCUGGACGACAUACGGGUGACGCCGCAGGCCGUGUACCUCUUCCUCAAGAGGAAGAGCGUGGAGCCGGGGUCGGCAGCAGCUGGCUGGGACGGGGACCAGCCCUGGCCCCCGCUGCGGGGGUGCGAGGCUGAGCCACCCAAGCCGCCGGGUGCCCGUCCCCCCGCAAUGCCCAGCAGGGGCCCUGCGGGCAGCCAAGACACCAAGGAGGGCAUCCAGAUCGUUAGCGUGGCCUCGCUCUGCAAGGAUGGCGGGCAGCUCGGGGAGGCCCUGCCCAUGGGACCGCCCUCUGGGAACGGCGAUGACGGCUCCACAGGCACCCCCUCAGCUUCGGGGGGCCCAGCCACCCCCCCACAGCACCUGCCCAGCCAAGAGCGGCUGGUCACACCCCCCACCAGGAGCCCAGCCCUGAUGGUGAAGAAGAUGAUUGUGGACAGAGCUCUCCUCCCGCAGAAAAAGGUCAAAGAUGCCAGCACUCAGACUGCCCUGCCAAACCCCCUGAGUCCUGGAAAUCAAAACCUUGCUUGGGGUGGACCAGUGCUUCCCCCGGCUCCCAGCUCCCAUGCCAUUGCCGAAAAGCUGGAUGCUGUACAGACAGAGAUCCAGAAGCUGAGCCAGGCCCUGCACAUGGUGCUGGAGAGGCAGUGCCGCCUGGAGCGCCAGCAGGAGCACCAGCAGCGGCUGCAGCAGGAGGUGCUGAUGACGCUGCAGCAGCUCAGCUCCACCGUGAGCCACGGUGCCGUGCCAGCGAACCAGCCCUGCGCCCCCUUCAGCAGUAUGGCCGAGCCCUCGCCCACUGUGCCAAACUUCAGCCAGUUCAAGAUGGAGCUCAUCUGACCUCAUGCGACAUCAGCGUGCUCUAGCAGUGCUGCACUGAUGGCAGGAGGAAGCUGUGAAGAAGAACCACCUCUCAGGCUGUGGCAGCUGCCUAAGGAUUAUGUGGGGCACCCAGCAGAGAAGGUCACUGAUGCCUCAUGUUUUCAGCCCUGUUGACUGAAAGGAGCUGCCUGGCACAAGAGGCAGGGCAAUGGAAAGCUGAGGCCUCGCUUCUCCUGUGCUGCCCAUCCCAGCUGGCGCUGGAUCUGGCUGGUGGCCCAUGGACUUCAGCAGCGCAGGCAGGCUGCCUGCAAGUAGAAGAUGCAACUAAGAGAGACACAGCAGGGGCGUGAGUCUCAAAGAAAAUGCGAGGCUUCCUGUCAUAAGGGUCAGUGCUGUGAUGAUCAAUCACAGAAAUGCUUCGUGCCCUCCCUCUGCAGAGCCUUGUUCAGUAAAAAUCUAUAUACACCAUA